ACAGACUUAGGACUAGCAAAAAUGGUCUUCAAAGUUACCGUCAUCUGCGCUUUUGCCUUCUUGAUACAGAGUAUUGCUGGACAGAACUGCGGGUGCAGUUGCAAAUCUAUCAGCAUUCCCAGCAGCGGCGGCGCCCUGAAUAUACAGGCUAUCAGCCCCAUUACUCCGUCCGGCAUCGCCGUGGCUACGGAGCUGGGCCUGUCCGGCGACCUGGACCUGUCCGGCGCGGUGCCGUACCUGAGCGCGGUGGCGUUCGAGGGCCAGUUCGACACCAGCGGCUCGGCGCCGGUGUGCUACGGCUGCGGGGACAGCGUCGCCAUCACGCAGCAGAUCGGCGGCUCCAGCGGAUGCGGUUGCGGCAGACGCUAAGUCCUAUUACAUAUUUUAUAAAAAUACAGUAUAAACAUGAAAAUAUUAAAUGCAUUUCUCAUUUAA